AUGAGCCUCGCCAACAUCGGCCAAGACCGUGAGCUUCCCAAGACUGGGAAGGCCAUCUUCCACAGCCAGGAGGGUAACAGCGUCAAGAACAUGCUCUACGGCGGCUACGACGCGGACCCUUCCCCGCCCACGCUGCCCAGCGGCCGCAAGGCUUUCCACGGCAACCAGCGCACCGCGCUUCCCUUCGCCACCUACGACGAGAACGAGAACGUGCACGGCAACCAGUACAGAUCCCCGAGGCUCCACAAGAAAAACUCCAAGUUCGACGUGGGCGCGGCGAAGGUCGGAGCCGGUAAUCACGACGCCGUCUCCCAGCAGUACGAGUACGAGAGGAUGCAGGCGCAGGCGGCGGCGAUGAAAGCCAGGAACCAGUACGGCGACGGAAACAUCUUCGGCCAGUAA